AUGGAAGGAUUGGGAGGCACAACAUUGUCCUAUGCUAUAUGCCUGGAAAAGGAACGGGAAGCGCGGCCAGUCACUAGUAGUUGGUAUCUGUGGAGGAACUCCAAUCCAUCACCCGAGAAACAUAAUUUUCUAGGCGAUGUCGUCGUGAGUGAGGCGGAGGUUGAAUAUGAUUUUGGAACGCUGUACCCAGGUGGUUUCCAGCAAAAGACUGACGUGAAGGACACCCUUGGAAGAGCAAAUCGAGAAAUCCGAACACUUAUCGCUGGCCUGGGAGCAAGUCAGUCUCGGAGAGAGUUUCGGGACCUGAUGCUACGGUAUCUGCAUGCCAUCCAGCAAAAAGAUCAGAAACAAAGUGGCGCUAUCCAAGCUCCAUAG